GCGCCAAAAAACCCCGCCCAUUGUACACCUCAGCCCCCCAACUUGCCUAGUAAUAUAAAAAGCCCCCGAUCUCUUUCCCUCUCUGUCUCUCCCUUUUCUAUUGAAGAAGAAGGCAAGGGAAAAAGCAAGGGAUGGUAGUUGCAUUGAAACCAGGCAAGUUCUAUGGGAGCAGCCUGCCCAGGCCUCGCUUCUUCACUGACGUUAAACUCAAUGGAGAGAGGGUCGAUCCCCCAUUGCCCGUCCUCCAUCCCUUCCUUUCUUGGGCUAAUGAGGCUCACUGGUCCAUGGGCGGCCUCAACUUCAAGCGCCCUCGUCUCCUUGGUAAGAUCGAGGGCCGCCUCCAAAAGCUCCGCCACUAUACCACUGAUUUUCUACCCCAAUACAACAAGGUUAUCAACUCAGCAGCAACAACGCCUACCUCCUCCUCAUCCUCUGUCCUUGAGCAAGUGCCGGUUGGCCUUCCCCGUAAGAGAGCUAGAAAGCUUAGUGAUGAGUUUGAUAAGGUUGCUUCUUCCCCCCAAGCGGAGGAUGCUCGAAAGCGUAGGGUAUCUGUUGCAAAUACCAAAAUCUCAUCUUCAAAGAAAGCUUCAACUUCUUUGGGCGAACGCAUGAACACCAUAGCUUCUCGUGUUCGGGGUCGCAAGUCUACCAACAAGGGGCACGUGUUGAAGGCUGACACAAGAACCAGUGGAAGAGAGAAGGGAUCCCCCAAGAACAAGUCACCCAGCAAAGAACCUAAAUCAAACACUACACGAUAGUUGAUGAUAGUGUACUCUGUUUUCUUUGUUUUUAUCUGUCUGUUAUCAUCACCAAAUGACUGCUUUUCUUUCCUACUUUUCAGUAUAAUGGACAAUCAAAGAAAUCUUGGUCUUUUUUUC